CCAUUGCUUUAAAGUCGCCUACUUCUAUACAGUCCACAAAAACCCAUUACAGAAACUCAAGAAACAUGGGACAAAGUUCUGGUUAUAACUACAGUACUUCAGUUCUGCAACUCAUCACCAUUGUUUCUUGUCUCGUGGUGCUCUCCUGUUCAGGAUCCGUCAGUGCUUACAAGAACUACACAGUCGGUGGUUCCCUUGGUUGGUUUGAUGCCCUCGAAAAGCCUGAUGUUAAUUACCAGAAAUGGGCUGAUUCCAAGAACUUCAGCUUGGGAGAUUUCCUCAUCUUCAAUACGGAUAACAACCAUUCAGUAAUCCAAACAUACAAUUUCACCACAUACAAGUUCUGCGAUUACGACGACGCUCUUCAAAACGACACGAUCGAAUGGUCGGCGACGGAUCCUUCGUCCACGGCGCCUCAUCCAAUCUCAGUAGCGGUUCCUCUACUGAAAGAAGGGAUGAACUAUUUCUUUUCCAGUGAUUACGAUGGGGAGCAAUGUAACAAUGGUCAGCAUUUCAAGAUAAACGUCACCCACGGCCAAGGGCUGCCGAAGAGCUUAGAUCCGUCGGAUGAUGCGCCGGCGCCCAACAGCCCUGAUUACAGGGGCGAUGACUCCGCCCCUGAAACCAUCGUGCCUGCCAACUUCAAUCAUCCCAUUGAAGAGGAAAGCGAUAAGGAUGAAGCUUCUGGUUCGGGAUCGGUUUAUUUUAAUACCAAAUUCUAUGGGCUUUUAAUAUUCUUACAAAUUGUUUGCAUAUUUUUCAAAAUUUGAUGCUCCAGAAAUUUUUUUAUUAUUACUAUAUUCUUUUUCUCCUUAUACUUUAGGAUUUGCGAGGGUGUGUUUAGGAUUAUAUAUCUGGUUUUUGUAAAAUAACAGAAGUAGUAAUAUAAUACAAUAAUUUUAAAAUCAUGAUUUAUUUAUUAA